AUGGUCCACGUAUCUGAAUGGCAGUUCCUCAAAGACCAGUGGACUCCGGCGGCCCCGGUAGAGAAAGCUGACUUGACGGGCAAGACCGUCCUUGUGCUUGGUGCCAACACUGGGAUAGGAUACGAGGCGGCGAAGCACUUCGCUACCAUGAAGCCUGCCCGGCUUGUCAUGGCAUGUAGAAGUCAGGAGAGGGGGGCUGCAGCGGUAGCGAGCAUCAAACAGAGCACCGGAUUUGACGCCGAACUCUGGCUGAUCGAUCUUUGUAGUUUCGCCUCCGUCAAAGCAUUCGUGGACAAGUUUGAGAAAGAAGUCGAGAGGCUUGACAUCUUGGUUGCGAACGCUGCAAUAAUUUCUACGAAGUAUGAAAAGACGGAAGAUGACUGGGAGACUUCGAUUCAAGUCAAUCACCUGGCACCAGCUCUCCUCAUCUUCCUUCUACUCCCGCAAAUGUUCAAGGCCGCGGAACUAUCCUCUUCUGAGCCACGCAUAGUAAUCGUUGGGAGUAUGGUUCACCAAACUGCGCGCGUUCCUGAGAAGGCGUUCCUAGCCCAAUCCGCACUCGAAGAAUUAGGCAGUAGACAGUGCUGCGAACCUUACGUCGCCAGGCCAAAAUACAACUUAGCCAAAUUGUUAAACCUACUUUUCACACGUGCUUUAUCGGACCAUCUUCCACCCUCUAGACCUACAAUCAUCGCUAACUGCAUCCAUCCUGGAUUCUGUCACUCGGACCUCCUUCGUGGUAUUCUUGAUGUUAUUCUGUGGGUGUUCCGAGCCCUCGUUGCCAGGCCAGCGGAAGAAGGCGCCCGUCAGAUCAUAUGGGGAGCGAUCGCCACUCCCGACGAGUCGCAGGGAGGAGUAAACUCGCUUCGAGGUGCAUAUGUGAGUUCUUCUCAUGUCAUGGAACCCAGCGAUUUCGUCGUCAGUGCAAAAGGCAAAGAAUUCCAGGGCAUCCUUUGGAGCGAUACCGUGAGGAUUCUUUCCAAGGUAGAUCCACGAGUCCAGCCGAUAGUCGAGCGUUAUCUGCACCACCAGGAAAUAGUCUGUGUCGAUGCCUACAACCGACGUCUUUAG